AUGAGGUCAUCAGCACCAGCCAAAAUACAGAUGCUUCCCAUAUUUCUUUUUUUGGCGUCGACUCUCGCGGUAACUUCUGGCUGCACACCGGCGACAAUUGGCACUACCGGUUUUCUCGCCCGGUUUUAUAGCUACGGACUCCGAGAUGAUUCAGGUUGGGACGCAGACUUUUUCAGGUCGGGAUACAAGACCACGCUUUUGCAAACUGUUGCUGGAGUCACUGAGAGCAAUUUCCAAUUCUCGGACCAGCCUGAUCGCGUCGUGAUCCACAACUCCAUUUAUGGGUUCGACACGACCAUCUCUAAUUUCUCGCUUGAGUUAAGCGCGUUUUUCUUAGCCCCGGAUACAGGUACCUAUACAUUCAGAUUAGCCGCAGACAAUGGCGCAUCUUUGCAGUUUGGUUCUGGCCAAGCGUGCUGCAAUGAUGCUUCUGGAAGUGUAACAGGUGAUUUUAGUAUCGAUACGUUAGGGCCUGCUGGUGGGGGAGGCGCCACUGACGUGAAUGUGGAGACCGCCUCUUUCAAUCUCACAGCAGGAGUUUAUUACCCGAUCAAAAUUGUAAUGUUCAACUGGCAGGGAAAUGGCGGCCUUGAUUUGAAGAUGACAGAUUCAUCGGGUGCCACGAUCUCA